AUGAUGCAGUCUGAGGUUCAAAUCCAACCUUCUUGGCCUAUUCAUACUUAUUUCAAUACAAAUCUUGAUCAUUAUGCGAGUCAUCACCAUGAAUUUCCUUCAUCAAUCAACAGCACCCCGGAAAACUCAUUCAUAUCCUCAGAGUCAUAUGGCUAUGUAGAAUAUCCGUUGCUGGGUUAUGAUCAGAUGCAACAGUCUUCAUCAGAUACCAAUGAUUCACAGAACAUGAUGGUACUUGAAAACAUGAAUCGAUGGUUGUGUGAUGAAGAUCAAGACAUCGAAGAAAUUCAGUUGAGUGACAUUUCUGGAUGUGUACCAUCAGAAGAAAUGUCACCCAUGGAAGAAGUGAGUGAUACCAUGGAACUUGAAUCCCAAACGGGCCUCCAAAGUUUACUAAAGGCCUAUGCAGAAGCCAUGGAAAUGGGACAGACAGAACUUGCACAAGUUAUUGUAAGUUGCAUAAGUGAAAAGAUAUACCCCAUUGGUCCAGCCAUCGAACGCAUAGCCUUUAAUUUGUUCCAGUCUGCAGAAAAUCAAGAAGAAUACUUAAAACGAGAAUCUGUGAGAAACUUCAAGUCGGCAUUCAGAGCUUUUUACGAGAUCUUUCCUUAUGGAAGAUUUGCCCAUUUUACAGCUAAUUCAGCCAUCUGUGAAGCUGUUCCAACCCAUGUGAAAUCAGUUGACAUAAUUGACUUUGAUCUCCUCGAAGGAAGUCAAUGGCCUGUUGUGAUAGAGGCCAUAGCACAGCAAAGAAAAUCUUUGACCAUUACAAGUGUCAAACUCGAAGAUCACAAUUCACAGUUUGAACACAUAAAGCGGGAUCUUUGUAGCUUUGCGAGAACUUUUGGGCUAAACUUGAAGAUACAAGAUGUGGAUAUGGCACAAAUUGUAAACAAAAUGGAGGGAAAAGAAUUUGUGGUCUUUAACUGUAUGGUUGGCCUUCCACAUAUGGGAAGGACAAGAGAAACAAGUCAAGUUAUGGACUUUCUAAAAAUAGCAAGAGCGGUUUUAGCCAAAAACAAAGGGAUCAUAACCGUUGGAGAUGGAGCAGGUGGCAGACUCGCAACUUCCUCAAACUAUACUUCAUUCUUUAAUGAAAAUUUGGCUCAUUACAAAGCCUUAUACGAGUCAAUGGAGUGUGGUUUUCCAAGCUACCUCAAUGAAGCAAGGACGGCUAUGGAGACACUUUUUGUUGCACCUUUUAUAUCAUCUGAAUCUUGGUUUCAAAAGUGGGAGGAAGGAAGAGAAAACACGACUUCCAUCAAGGGACUCGGGCUGAAAGGAAGAACAAUGAGCAUAAACAGCUUAAAUGAAGCCCGGGAGCUGGUGAAGGAAGGGGAAAGCCCAUAUGGAAUCAGAAUCGAGGGUCAAAACGGGAACGAAAUGGUGUUGAAAUGGAAUGCAACUCCACUAGUGAAAGUAUCUGUUUGGGAAUGUAACUAA